GUCAGUACGGUCGUUUCUCAUCUUACAGGUAUUAUUUGAGGCAACACAAAGCGAUCGAUAAGACCGCAACACAUUUACGUACUCGUUGUACGUAUACCAUAGUAGUUUACAAAAACGUAUAGAUAGGCGCGUUCGCACGCCUACGCCUAUAACCGCGUCCAUACAGCUGUCAUUGUAUCGAUGCCUAUUAUUAUACGCGCGAGGGACCGUCACCACGCAGCGCGUAUACUACGACUCUCUUCGGAUUUUCAAUGUAGCCGAAUUUUUAACGAAACCUUCUAACCAUUUGGCGCUGCGUCUCUUGUACACGGGGUUACACGUGUUCCAAACUCUACAUAACGUAUAUGUAAUGUCCGUACACGUUUAGACGCUGUAGCAGCUUAUCAAAAGAGCAGCACAUGCUCGACUGCAACGAGUGAUUUUCGUGAAAAAAAAAAAAACAGUGAAAAAUUUAUAACGAUUGUGUAUCGUGUGUUAGUAUAUCUGUGUCUGUGUGUGUUCGAGGACAAGUGCAAAAUGAGCAGCGACGUCUCCAGCGACGGCUAUAGCGACGACGAGUUCGAUCGCGACUACGAGAGCAACGUAGACGAGAGCAGCUGCUUGGACCAUUUCACGGCCGACGAAAACGACGACGACGACGACGACGACUACUCCAGCGCCUAUGACGAGGACGACGAAUCCGACGAUAAAGACAUCGACGAUAAAGACAUCGACGAUAAAAUCAUCGCCGACGUGAAACCCAAAUACCUCGAACGCAGAAAAGGCAAGUUGAAGAGCUUGCGAGAGCAGGUAAAAAAUUGGGACUCCGAGAAGGAGCGACUCCGACUUGUACGUCGGCUCGGCCGUACCGUCGACAAUUGGUUCAAGAUAAUGCCGAGUCUCCGCGGCGUCUUCAAGCGCGAGGACGAGGUCGAGCGUCUUCUCUUCGACGCGGUGAAAUCGUUGAUCGCCGACGACGAGGGCAGCCGCAACUACAUCGCCGGCGUGCGAUUCGUCGAGUACGCGGCUAGCGCGCGCUACAGGUUCCGGUCGUUCUCGCGGCAACGCGCCACCCCUAUACAUCGUUUGAUCGGCUUCGGCGAUCGUCUGGCCUACCGCGCAGUGGUCGGCCAGCUCUUCAAAAUAUACAGCGAGGACAAAGUGAACUACGUCGACGAGUCCGACGGUCUCACGCAUCUUCACGUGGCCUGCGAGCUCGGCCUGGAGACCCAAGUCCAGAAUUACCUCAAGUGCCGGCCCCAGGACGUCGACUGCGUCUGGCGCAAGACGGGCGACACGCCCCUUCAUCUCGCCCUGGCUCGAGACCACAAGCAGGUGAUCGAGAUGCUGUUGGAGCGUAAUGCCGAUUUGACUCUGGCCAAUAACGCGGGCCAGACGGCUCUGCACCUGUUCAGCCAGAAGCUGCACGACGACGAGCUGACUCGGCUGUACCAGAACGUCGUGGAGGACAACGAUCGGCCGAUCCCGGUGAAUGCCAAGGACAAGCUGGGCAAUGCGCCGCUGCACCUGACCCUGACCCACGGUCACCGCUAUCUGAGCAGAAUGCUGCUGAAGCGCGGUGCCGAUCCGGAACUGGCCAACGCCGAGGGCCAGACGGCGCUGCACGUCAUCUGCAAGCGUCAGCCCAACCGCGACGACGAUGACGGCCUCGCGGAUAUGCUCUUCCGGAUCUGCGCCGAGCUCGGCAAACCGCUGCGCGUCGACGCCCAAGACCAUCGGGGCAACGGUCCGCUCCAUCUCGCCCUGGAGCACGGCAACGAGCGCCUGGUGCCGUUACUGCUGGACAGAGGCGCCAAUCCCAAUCUGGCCAACGAGGCGGGCGAGACGCCUCUGCACUUGAUCGGCCGCGGGAGCGCCAACUUCGUCAAUCUGUUCUUCGAGCUGAGCAAGUGGAAGCACUGGGUGGUGGAGGAGAAUCCCCGCGACGAGCGGGGCAACACCCCCUUUCAUUUGGCGCUGUGCUACGGCAAGCGCAAGGCUGCGGUGCUGCUGCUGAGACGCGGCAGCUCGCCGUAUCUGGCCAACGGCGAGGGUCUGACGCCGCUGCACCUGAUCUGCGCCAACGGCUACGACGUCGACGAUCUGCUCAAGGUGUUCCUCAGGAUCUGCGACGAGCUGGCGACGAAGACGAAUCAGCCAAUGUGCAUUGACCCACGCGAUAGAGAGGGUAACACGCCGCUGCACCUGGCCCUGAAGUACAACGGGGACGUCUGGGACGCGAAGAAGCUGAUCCAAUUGCUGCUCGAUAGAGGCGCGGAUCCCAGCGCGGCUAAUAACGACGGAUCGACGCCUCUGCACUUUAUCUGUCGGACCUAUCGUCACAACGACUUGCUCGAGAUAUUCCUCGUGAUGGUCGACGAGAAGAAUCGGUUGCUGGACAUCGACGCUAGAGACGAGUGGGGCGACACGCCGCUGAACUUGGCGCUGCGCUGCGGGAACACGACGGAGGCUAAGUUGCUGUUGUCGAGAGGAGCCGAUCCCACGGUGGUGGACUCGCGGGGCUCGACUCCUCUGCACUCGAUCUGCGGUAGCGACUACGACCGAAGCGACGUGGUGGAACUCAUGUUCGAGGUCUGCCAGCGAACGUAUAACCGGACUCUGGAGGUGAACACAAGAGACGGGGAAGGCAAGGUGGCGCUGAACUUGGCGCUGGAAAGAGGCAACGCGAGUAUAGCCGAGCUGCUUCUUCGCAAAGGGGCCGAUCCGAGCUUGGGCCCGACGACGGCUCUGCACGCGAUCUGCCGGGAGCGCAGGUACCUCGACCUUCUCGGCGCAUUGGACCGGUCGAUCGUUCGACUGGUGCGCGCCGAUCCGAGGGACGAGUCGGGCAACGCACCGCUGCACCUGGCCGUGCUCGACGCCAACGACGUCGCGGCCGAGUGGCUGCUCCGUAACGGGGCCGAUCCGAAUCUGGUCAACCGGGCCGGGGACGCUCCGCUGCACGUCAUCUGCAGGCAGGAGCAGUGCCACGCGGGUGGCUUGGCCCGGAUGUUCUUCAGGGUCUGCAGGCAAGUCGGUCGAGACGUGCUGCUGGAUGUUGGAGACGAGCGAGGCGAUGCACCGCUGCAUCUGGCUCUGCGCCACGAGAACGAGGAGGUGGCGGAGCUGCUGUUGAAGAGAGGGGCCGAUUCGUCGAGGCCCGACUCGGAGGGAUCGUAUCCGCUGCACUCGAUUUGUAAGAGGAUCCACGGCGAAGGUUUGAGGAAGCUACUCUUAUAUAUCGAUCGGGCGGUCCCGGUCGAUGUCCGCGACAAGGACGGCAAUACACCGCUGCAUCUGGCUGUAUUCCACGAGAAAACGACGAUGGUCGAGCUGCUUCUUCGCCAGGGCGCCGAUCCGAGUAUAGUCGACGCGGAGGGUCGGACGGCUCUGCACAUCGCCAGUACGAGAGAACAUUGCGACGACGAGUUGGCCAAGACGCUGCUCGAGAUCGGUCGCGAGUUGGGUCGAGAGGUGCCGAUCGACGCCCUGGACUCGCGGGGCAAGACGGCGCUGCAUCUCGCAGUGGAGAGGAAACGUCGACCGCUGCUGAGAUUACUGCUGAUGCAGGGCGCCGACCCGAACGCGGCCAAGGCCGACGGCUCGAGACCUCUGCACAUGCUCAGUCGCUGCGACGACCCAGACCUGGCCGAGACACUGUUCGAGUGCAGCAGCAGCGCGAGGCGAGGCGGAAAGCGGCUGGACAUGGACGCCCGGGACAAGAAGAGGGGCGACACGGCGCUCCACCUGGCUCUGAGGCGGGAGUGCAAGACGAUGGUCCUGCUGCUGCUGGACAGAGGAGCCGCGCUGAAUCUCGCCAACGAGGAGGGCUCGACCGUGCUGCACUUGAUCUGCCGCAAGUACCACUGCGAGGACUUGCUGCUGGAGUAUCUGCUGGUGAUCGGCAAGCCGUGGCAACGACCUUUGCCCAUCGACGCCCGCGACAGGACGAGGCAGAACACGGCGUUGCACUACGCGCUUGCCCUGGACCACAGGCAGGCCGCGAGGAUACUGAUCAGUCGAGGCGCCGAUCCCAACGUGGCCAACGCCGAGGGUUGGACGGCGCUGCACGACCUCUGCCAGAGAUACCACGACGACGCGCUGCUGGACGACUUUCUGGCGAUCGCGAGCGCGAACGAGGCUCGGCGGGGCGGCGGCUGCUGGCCCUGGCCGGCGGUGAACGCCCGGGACAAGUUGGGCCGGGCGCCGUUGCACCUCGUGCCGGACUACGGCCACGCGGACUUGAUCAAGUGGCUGCUGAAGCGGGGCGCGGAUCCGAGUCGGAUCGACGACGCGACGGGACUGACGCCGGUGAACGUCUUCUGCAAGAGAUACGACGACGAGUGCGAUUCGACGCAUAAAUAUAAAUCGUUGGAAGUCGACGCGCGUGACGAGAGGACGGGCGACACGAGACUGCACCGGGCUCUGAGGCAGGGCAACGAGCGGGUGGCCGAGCUGCUGCUCGUCUACGGGGCCGAUCCGAACCCGGCCAACAAGGAAGGAUCGACGCCUCUGCACGUCAUCGCCGAGAGAGAGCUCAGCUCCGAGCUGGGCAGUAUGUUUUUCCAGCUGAGCCACGAGAGACGUGUACAAGCGCGCAUCGACUCGCGCGACAGCAGGGGUAACACUCCGCUGCACCUGGCCCUGAGACUGGGCCGGCACAUGAUGGAGGACAACGUGGCCCAGGAGCUGCUCAUCUACGGGGCCGAUCCGAAUCUGGCCAACGACGAGGGCCGGACGGCUCUGCACGCGAUCUGCCAGCGAGACGGGGACGUGGCGGACUUUGCCAACGGAUUCUUCCAGUUGUGCGCGGAGACGCGUCGACAGGUGCGGAUAGACGCGCCCGACAGCGGGGGCAUGACGGCGUUGCACUUGGCCGUGCUCAACGGUGACAAGAGCCUGACCGAGACGCUACUGAGACGCGGGGCGGAGCCGAGUCUGGCCGACAACGAGGGCCAGACGGCUCUGCACAUCGGCUGCGCGAGAGACCCCGACGGCGAUCGCGUGGCAUCGUUCCUCGGGAUGUGCGAGUCGCUCGAGCGGACGGUGGGAAUUAUCGACGCCCGAGACGCCAAGGGCAACACGCCGCUGCACUUGGCUCUGCGGUCGGGCAACGACAGGCUGGCGCAGAUACUGGUGAACAGAGGCGCGAAUCCGAAUCUGGCCAACGAGGCGGGAGAGACCCCGCUGCACGUCAUCUGCCGGUCGUACGCGGACGACGGCACGAUAGACGUCUUCUUGCAGAGUUGCGCCGCGAAGGACAGACCGGUGCUGAUCGACGCCCGGGACGGUCGAGGUCGUACGCCCCUGCAGUGGGCCGUGGCCAACUUGCUGCCCGGCGCCGUCGAUCUCCUCCUGAAACGGGGCGCCGAUCUGUCGACGUUCGUCUUCCCCACCGAGGACUACUUCGGCAGGAGAUUCGAGCGGGGUGCAAGAUACAGGCCCGAGAUGAAAUUGGCGAUGAUGGCUCACGCCCUGGUCGUGGUCGAGCGUCUGAAGAAACGAGGCCACCAGCUGGGCCUCGACAACGAUCUCGUCGACGAUCUCGUCGUCGUCAAGUUCUUCGCGACCCACCAACUGUGCCAGAGACCGAGCCCGGAUGGCCUCGUACGCGCACGCGAGGACUUGUACUACCUGAAGAGGAUCGAGAUGAAGCCGAAGAUGUCGCUGCUCCAGGUCGUCGUAUGCCGGACACCGCGCGAGGCCAAGACGAGGCUGGGGCUCACGACCGAGGACUACUACGAGUUCGUCCGGGCGAAUAAAUGGGCCCUAGCCCGUGAGGACCUCAGGGCCGAUUGCGCCCUGCAUCUGUGCGAGCUCAUGGCCAGGGAGUUCUGCUGGGAAGGCGCGAUCGAAGCGUUCCUGGAGCUGACGCGUUACAAGCUGCCGGUCGAAUGCUGCCACAUGAUCGUCGACGACACGUUAGAGAACGAGAGACUGUGUAACAUCUGUUUGGCCGCGGCUCUAAAUGCGGCUCGAAACGAUGCUGCGUGAUGGAUAUAUCUAUCGUAGAUUCGGUGCGUCGAUUCGGCCUCUGAAGAUUUAUUCGUAUUUAAUUAUUGAUAUUUAUUUUCGUUCGAAUAAAUGAGUUUAAAAAAUGAG